AUGGAUUUAUUUGAACGCGCCCACGUUGUUAGAAUUCCGCCGAAAACCCCUCCAAAAGACCAAUAUGCUAUCAAAAACAAAUUGAAAAUAAUGCUACAGGGUUAUAAAAACAGUGAUCAUGAGCUUAUCAAAGAUGCAGAAGACGCCAGUAGAGAUUUUGAGGACUCUACUUCUGUGAGCGGGUUUUCAGAUUUAAACCUCACGGUGUCCAGUGCUGAAGAUUCUACUGCCAAUGUCAUAUCUCAAACAAAUAGCCCAAGUACGCAAGCAUCUGAGCUAAAUGUUAGUAUGUCCGAAUGCAAAAUAUCUAAAGAGAAAAAUGGUAAAGUAAAUUGCCAUAAACAAAUUCCAAACUUACAAGAUAGUGAAAACAGUGCUCUCAAAUACACUACUUUAGAUAUAUCUUCUAAUGACGGUAUGACCAGUAACAAGGUAUCAAAUGAUGAAAACUAUAUAUUAUCUCCUUCUGCUGACAUUAGUUAUAUUUCAUCAGAUGACACCAAUUCCUCUACUGGGUCCGGUUUGUGUGAAUUCGACCCAGAGGGAAAAUUAGCUCUAAUGAUACAUGAGAAAUUAUUGCAUCAUAAAGCUUUAAACCAAAAGAGAGGCAUGCUAGAUGAUGAGCUAUCACCAAUUAAAGAAAAAAAGUCUAGAAGAGACAAGAAUAGUAAGCAAAAUCAAGAUCGGAAGUCUUGUGACAAUGAUGAAUUACUAAUAAAAAACUAUGAGGAUGAAGAACAGUUAGCAAUUAAAUUGGGGAGACAAGAAAGUGUAACUACUUCCAAAGAUGAAGUAAGAGAGUGCGUAAUAUUACCGCCAUCUAUAUUAUUGUCAGAAAUAGAUGGAGAAAAAAGUUUUAAUCAAUUUCUUGGAGAAUACAAAAAUGAAAUUAUUAGAAAUCUGCCCGCUCACUAUCAAAAUCCCACAUUUUAUAUUGAUUCUAAUACAAAAAAUAGUGAUGAUAUGAGUAGUUUGAUACCAGAAGUUGAUAAUGAUCUGAGAGUGUUAGAUUUAGAAGAUAUAGACAAUAAUCAGACAAGCAAUACAGUUGAUAAUGUUACUAACAUUGACGAAACAUCUCUGAUUGAAACGAGUGUGCCUACUGAAACUAACCUUCCAUUAAAUAUAAUGAAUGACUCGGAACAUUCUGAGCCAAAUAACAAUUUCAAAAUAUAUUUUGGGCAUGAUAAUUGUGUAAUUGUAUUUAAACAUCCCAGUGAGCUGUACCUACAUGGUAUGGUAAUAGCAAAAGCUAUUGCUGGAAAGUUGGAAGUGUUUGGGCAUAUAUUAACAGAAAUUGAAUGUCCUAUAAUAGCCCCAUUGUAUUCUUAUGCCCAAACUUUAAAAACUAUCGAAAAUGCGAACCAAACAGACCAAUUAUAUGAUAAACUCAAAGCAUGUGGUGUUUUGUCAUCAGAUGCUAUAGAUAUUUCAGAAGACUUUAAUGAAAGUGAUGGCAUAUUACUUUUAAAACCUAUGAGACAUCCGCAAAUGGAUUUCGUUUCUCAGAACUUUAAUAAAGUAAACUUGUUUAAAGACAAAUCCAAGGAACACAGUUUACAAAAAGCAUCGGAAUAUUUAGGGUGCACACUUUAUUCUGCAAAACCACAAAGGGCUUUCAUAGAAAACCCAUUGUGGCAGAGAGUACUGUCUAGCAGCAAAUCAAUUACAACGUGUGUUGUAUGUGGUGGUAAAGGUAGCGGGAAGUCCACUUUCCUACGGUACUACACCAACAAAGUCCUCAAUAAAGGACCCAUACUAGUCAUAGAUUUAGAUCCAGGACAGAGUGAAUUUACUGUGGCCGGCAAUGUAUCUGCUACUGUUGUCACCAAACCAAUUUUCGGGCCAAGCUUCACACAUUUAAAACACCCUAAUAUAUCCUUAAAUAUUGGUAUGAUCAGUACCAUGGAUAACAUUCAUCUUUACAUCAAUGCUGUAAAAAGUGUAAUCACCUACAGCAGGGAACACUUCAACACUAUCCCAUGGAUCAUUAACACUAUGGGAAUGACAAAUAAUGUUGGAUUAAAAUUAAUGAUUAUAAUCAUACUCCUAGCGCAACCAGAUUAUGUCCUUCAGUAUGAUUCCAAAAAUCCAAAGAAAUGUUUUGACACUAGAUUUACUCCGGACAACGUAGAAAAAAUGUUUAAUCGUUUCAAAUACGAAAAGCAAUUCGUAGGCUUAACAAGUACAGUUACUGAUUAUUCUUUGAUAAUGGCGCCGGAAGCGGAAAUCUUACAACCAAAUAAAUCACCUCUAAUUCCUCGCGAUGAAAGAUAUUUAAGCUUUUUAGCUUAUUUUGCUCAGUUGUUUCAAAAUUCUAAUGAUUCAAGAUAUUGGCUGCUUGGUGCCACUCCAUAUGAAGUUCCACUGAAAGACUUGUAUGUAGCUGUGAAUAUAAAGGUGAAGAAGGAUUGCAUUACAAAGGUGAUUAAUGGAAAAGUGGUGGCGUUGUGUCAACAAGCGACACAAAGCUGUGAGAGGGUGUUUACAUUGGCUGAUAAACCGCUACUGUGCCAUGGACAUGGUCUUGUGAGAGGUAUCGAUUGGGAAAAGGAGAUUUUGUAUAUAAUAACACCAAUUGCAGCAAGUGAGCUUCCAUUAGUCAAUACAAUACUAUAUGCAGAUUGGGUACCAGACCUGAGAGGUCAGGAGCAAUGCCUGCCAGAUGGCACCGAGGUCCCAUACAGAACUCCAAAUGAAUUGGAACAAGCAGCCUUUAUGAGCACUCCCAGAAGGCGUUUCAAUCCGAUGCAGCUCAUUAAAAUGAUGAGGAACAGGAAAUCCUGA